GUAAGAUUGAAAUGGGCCUCUCCUGGCUGAAAAUGACGGAAGCAGCCCGCAGAGGGCAAAAGGUUCUCCUAAAGAAGCCAUUUCGACGACGAUUGCCCAACGCCUCCUCCUUCGUUAUCGAUCUGCAAAAUUUUGAGCUCUUGAAAAGCGAAAAAUGGUUCUGCUUCCAUCAGCCCUCUCCGGAACGCCAAUCAAUCAUCCUCUCUCAUCAUCCGUAUCUCCUUUGUCUCCCACAAGAUUAUUUUUCCUCCACAUCGAAUUUUCUCGCCUCGGACUGACCGCCGCUAACAAACCGACGACGGUUUGCAUGGGAGGCGGCCCGAGGACCUUCCCGGGAGGAGUUACCAAGUGGCAGUGGAAGAGAAUGCAAGCCAAAAAAUCAAAGCAGCUCCUCAAAGCCCGGCUGGCUCGCGAACGCCAGAUAUACGAGAUGCGCAAGCGCGCUGAGCUCAAAGCCGCAAUCUCCGAGCUCGAGAGGCCGUGGGAGGCCGUUGAAAAGGCCCCCACUCUCUUCUCUGUAAGCGCCGAUGAACAGCUCAGGGUGCUGGCUGACCGUUUCCAGAAGCCGAGAGGGUUUGACCUGUGGUCCGAGAAAGACGGGCCGCAAUUAUUCAAAUUCCAAUCUGAAUCCUCCCCCAAUAGAGGAGGUAUUGCUACGGGUAGAUUUGAGAGUUGUGUCAAUUCAGAUCCAGAAUUGUUGAGUGCAGAUACUUGGGGAGCGAACAAAACCGCCUUCCAUCCAAAUUCUUCACGAACCAAAUCCAGGGGCAGGACUAAUAAUUAUUUAAACAGGAAGGGAAGUGAUAUUCGUUCAGGUGAGCAGGAUUUGAAAAGAAUAUCUGCUGCGGAUGAUCAAGCUGAUGCGGAUUUCAAGAAUAAUCCCAGGAAGGGGAACAGAUCAAGAGCUAGAGGGGUACAUAGGAAACGAAUUGGGAAGAUGCUUAAUAAUUCCAACCGGGCAGCGUUUGAUAUGAGCUUGCAGAGUGAUGGACGUUAUGAGUUGGAAGCUGAGAACUAAGCACGAAAAUUAUCAUUCCAUUUACCUCCGGUUAAAGAACUCCUCUCCUCUCUUUCUUUCCUUCCCUCUCCCCCUUCCCCUUACAUAUUUUCGCACUCAAAGGGAGCACCUUUCACUUAAGCUUCUUCUCCAUCUUGUUCUCUUCACAAUUGUUGAGGAGAUGGCCUUCAACAGUCUGGUUUGAAGCAAUUACGUGAAUGGAUUACAGUGUUGAGGAGAUGGCCUUCAUUAGUAGUUACGACAUGGGUGAUUUUAUAACAUCCCAAGGAGAGCAAUUCGGGUCUGAAGCACCGACGACACAAGAUGAAACUCAACCCAGUACGAAAGACGGACGACACAAGAUGAAACUCAACCCAGUACAAAAGACGUCGGGACGGAGAGGAAAGAGAUAUUCCAAACACCGAUCAUGAAAGGGUACAUGGAAUGUAAUGUCUGUGUACACAUGCAUUUUGAUGUUUCAGUGCCUCUAGAAGUGAAUAACAUUGUAUUUGUAUAGUUCAACAUCCAUUUGUGUUACUCUAACAUUUUGAAGUAAAAGUAUUGUAUUUGCGUUACUCUAACAUUUGUGUUAAUCUUUGUAUUUAUAUUGCUUGUGUACACUGACGAAAUCAUGUAAAUGAUUGUAUUGUUAUUACUUGUGUACACAGACCAAUUGAAGUACGUGUUUGUAUUGUUAUUGCUUGUGUACACUAACGAAGUAAAUGUUUGUGUUGUUAUUGCC